AUGCUGAGUAAACAGGUGACUACCGGUAUCAUGGAGCGCUUACCCGCCGCCGCCAACGGAAUACUGGUGGAUCAGACCACAAACGAUACCCCGCAGCUGAUGGUAAGAGGGCUGAGUACGCUGCAGGGACCGAAGAAUCCGCUGAUCAUCCUCGACGAUUUUCCGUAUGAGGGCAACCUGAAUAACAUCAAUCCGGAUAUGGUGGCUUCGGUUACGGUGCUGAAAGAUGCCGCCGCUUCAAGCAUAUGGGGCGCACGCGCAGCCAAUGGUGUUAUUGUAAUUACGACCAAGAAAGGAAAAUUCGACCAGCCGUUGACGGUGGAGUUCACUGCCAAUACUACCAUGAGCGAUAAACCGGACCUCAGUUACCUCCGGCAGAUGUCAAGCUCCGAUUUUAUUGAUGUGGAGCAGGAACUCUUCGCCCGCGGAUUUUACAACAGCGACAUCAGCUCCGUCAGUCAUCCUGUUUUAACACCGGUGGUGGAUCUGCUGAACAGGGCUCGGAAAGGGCUGAUCUCCCAGGAGGAAGCGGGCAGACAGAUCGCUGUUUUGCGCCAGACUGAUGUCCGGGACCAUUACAGUUUCUUCCUGCUGAGCUGCAGUGAUUUUCUGGAUGAGAAAUCCAAUUCAUCCCUCGCGACCCCGGAAACCCUGGAAGACAACCAGGCUCUUCUGGACCGCGGUUCUGUGCGCAGCCAGGCUCCGGCAAGCGCCGAAGUAUCUUCAGGCGAUAUGGCCAUCACGGGCAGUUUCACACCCGGUAGGCUCACCGACCUCCCAAUUGGCGGUGUUACUGAACGCUCCCGUACUCAUACUGGUACUGUUAUAGUGGUACACCGUCGGAGUGCUGUGACUGUGGCGUUGGCUGCCGUUAAAUGA